GAAGUCGAAAAUGAAAUAUAUGAAGAUAUCAAAGAACUAAUUGACACAAGAAUCUUGCCUACCAUCCAAGAAGAUGGUGGGGAUAUGGAAUUUAGGGGUUUUGAUUUUGAAAAUGGUGUUGUCUUUGUCAAGUUGAAGGGUGCAUGCACUACUUGUUCUCUAAGUGAAAACACUUUGAAAAAUGGUAUUGAAAAAAUGCUUAGUCACUAUGUCGAAGAAGUUAAAUCAGUCAAACAGGUCUUUGAUCCAAAUGAGGAAAUCGCAUUAAAUGAAUUUGCUAAAUUUGAAGAAAAACUCAGAAAAUCAAAAUCU